AAUUCACCAUUCGACAGUCAUAGAGCGCUCUCUUCAAAUCGAUUCGCAUAAGAUAAGCCAAACAUCUCUCUCUGACAACCAAGGAUGAAAGCCAUAGUGAUCACCACACCCGGUAGCCCAGAGGUGCUGCAACUACAAGAAGUAGAAGACCCACAAAUCAAAGAUGAUGAGGUCUUGAUCAAGGUCGAGGCCACCGCUCUUAACCGGGCUGAUACUAUCCAAAGGCAGGGCAAGUACCCACCUCCCAGAGGCGCCAGUCCCUACCCGGGUCUUGAAUGUUCCGGUACCAUCGAAGCCACUGGGAAAUUCGUUUCUCGCUGGAAAGUGGGGGAUCAUGUGUGUGCUCUUCUUAGUGGAGGAGGCUACGCUGAGAAAGUGGCGGUUCCAGCAGGACACGUUCUUCCCAUCCCUUCUGGCAUUUCAGUCAAGGAAGCUGCUGCUUUUCCAGAGGUGGUGUGUACUGUUUGUUCGAGUGUUUUUAUGACCAGUCGGCUUUCUGCCGGAGAAACGUUUCUGGUUCAUGGGGGCUCUAGUGGAAUAGGUACAUUUGCAAUUCAGAUAGCUAAGGUCCGAGGGGUCAAGGUCUUUGUCACUGCAGGGAGUGAGGAUAAAUUGGCUGUAUGCAAGGAACUUGGAGCUGAUGUGUGCAUCAACUACAAAACAGAGGAUUUCGUUGCUCGAGUCAAGGAAGAAACCGGCGGAAAAGGUGUUGAUGUUAUUCUGGAUUGUAUGGGAGCAGCCUACUUUCAGCGGAACCUCGAUAGCUUAAAUUUUGAUGGGCGGCUUCAUAUCAUAGGCUUGAUGGGUGGAGCUGUGACAGAAUUUAAUCUGGGUUCUUUGUUUGCAAAGCGCCUCACAGUGCAAGCGACUGGCUUGCGAAUGAGAAGUCCAGAAAACAAAGCAGAAAUUGUGAAUGAGGUGGAGAAGAAUGUUUGGCCUGCUGUUGUUGCAGGGAAGGUGAAGCUUCUGGUCUAUAAGCAAUUUCCCCUAUCUGAGGCAGCAGAGGCCCACCGGCUUAUGGAAAGUAGCCAACAUAUUGGGAAGAUCCUUCUUAUCCCCUGAUGCUAUGGAAAGACAUGGCUUAGCUAUUGCUGUCUGCUAUAAUGUACUUUGGGAAUAAAAUGAGACUGAUGGGUUAUUUUGUAUGCAGUUAUUAAUUUGAGUGCUUCCAAAAUUACAGCUGUUAUUGAAUAGAAAUUAUACAAAAAUUACAUAAUGGGUGUUUUUAAUGUCA